AUCCUUGUUGUCUGACUUAAAGCAUCCACACUGCGGUCUGUGCUCAGUGUCAGCUUUCCAGCCAGACUCUCCUCACAUCCUCGUCUUCCUGCAAGACAUCGCAGCUAACAUCAUGAUGCGCUCAGUCCUCAGUGUCUGUGUGAUGUUUGCUCUUCUACUACAAGGUUUGAAUGCACAGUAUAAAGUCCGGCUUGUGAAUGGAACUGCCCCGUGGAAUGGCCGCCUUGAGGUGUUGUACAACGGAACAUGGCGCAGAGUAUGUAGCUAUGGGAUUAGGAAACAAGAGACACAGGUGGUCUGCAGGAUGCUGGGCUUCAACACGUCGCAAGUUUAUAACGUGUCCCUAUAUAAGUACAGUAUGAGAUACAAUGGGUUUCUGUUUGACAACCUGAGGUGUACAGGCGAGGAGACCAGCUUAGAGAAGUGUAAUCAUACAAGGAUUAUUACGGGCCUCUGGUGUCGCUAUGCCACUGCUAUCACCUGCAACUCACAAAACAUACAGGUGAGAUUGAACGUCAUCUCACCUAACAGACGUCAGGUACAGACAGACAUCGAAGUUGGUCAUUGGCGGACUGUGUGCGUGGAGUCUGACGUCACUGCCAGGGUCGUCUGUAGACAGCUCGGCUUACCAUGGUAA